AUGACCAAGCUUCCACCAUCGUCGCCAAUCUCCCACAAAAUUGUAGUGGGUACCCUUGCUGUUUGUGCUGGAAUGUAUGCCUUCUGGCAGGUGGGCAAAGACUACGAGUUUGUCAAGUUCGAGCCUCAUCUGAAGGAAGAGGUGGAAAGAAGAAAACGAGACAAGGUGGGACUUUCAAUCCAGCAUUUGGACACUCGGACGUUAGAUUAUACGCCCGAGGCCAAGGAUCGAAUGAAGAGAGAGUUCGAGAAGAUGAAAGAGGAGAAAGAGAAAGAGAAGUGA